GUAGCUAUAACAAAAGAAAGAACCUAAAAAACCAUUGGCUGUCAUAUAAUUGGGGAGAGAAACCAGUCAAACAGGACCCCUUCAGUGUAUCUAUCUAUAAACAAAUGCCCCAGCACAUGGGAACUGAGCUGGCUUGACCCUGUCAUGAAUAUGCAUCCCCCAACUUCUUAGUUGUUAGACUUUAAAAUCUAAAUUCUUAUCCCUGGAGCAAAUCAUGGAACAUCUUCUCCAAAUUAAAUGCUAUUUCCACAUUAUAAUAUGCUUUGAUUCUGAAACCAUAACACAUGGCUUCCGUAGUCACCUCAGCUGGGUUGCCCAUAGUUUUAGUUUUAAUAUUCUUGCAUCCCCAAAUAUAAAUAACUAAACAACAAACCAUAUGCAUUUGGGUGUGCCUUUACCAGUUGAAAACUUAGAUGUGCAAUAGUUAGUCGUGUGGAGCCAUGGAGCCUAUUGACGAUGAACCUUUUGAGGCAUCCUCAAGUAAGAACCAAAAAGUAGAAGCCAAUGAUCUUUUGGAAGAGUGUUGGUUCUUUGACAACUUGCUCAUCAGAAAGCAGAGGAUGUUGAGGUGUUAUUCUGAUCCUUGUUGCCCUUCAUCAUCAAGCUUUGGUCAAGAAAUGUUGGUGAAGAACUCAGAGGCCAAGAACUCCUUGUUUCGAACACCGUCUUUGCCACUUCAAGUAGGGAGAGGAGAGAAAGUUGAGCAAGCAGUGAAACAGAGUACUCCGAAGAAGAGUAUGAGCAAAUUGACUCGGCAGACAUCACAUCAGAAAGUGCUGCAGACACCAACCAAAUCACCACCUUGUGUAAGCACGAAAGAAGAAGUUCAAGAUAGAGAGGGGAGUGAUAGUAGAAGAAGCAAAUCAAAUGGGCAAUCGGUGCAGCGCAGUUUGCUAAGGACACCAUCAUUGCCACCGUGUUUAGGGAGGGAGGAGAAAAACCAAGACUGUGUUCCACCGCGACCUAAGGGCAUGACACAAUGUUCAAGCAUUCCAAGAUAUCGACCUCCAGUCAGAAGCACAGAAGGGGAAAAUGCAGAUGUUAGCAAGGAAAUGAGACGCAAUUUACUUUCUAGAAAGAGCCUAAGCGACCUUGAAAUUGAAGAAGUGCAAGGGUUCAAGGACUUGGGAUUCACCUUUGACAAGAAAGACAUAGCCCCAAGUGUGGUUAGCAUACUUCCUGGUUUGCAAGAAAAGAAGCGCAAUGAGGAUUUAAACCCGGAUAUGGUACGUCGGCCUUAUCUUUCGGAGGCAUGGAUGGUGCAAAGCUGUGCUCCUCCACCUCCAAAUUUGGGUGUAAGUAUGUCUGCUGAAGACAUGAAGGCACAAAUCAAGUUCUGGGCUAGAGCUGUGGCAUCUAAUGUGCGCUAGAAAUGCUAAAAAUUGUCAUUGAAAUUUUUGUGAGUUAUUGACUUGAAUAAUCACACGCUAAUUCAUAGUCUGAUUAUAUUGUAACAGUAUGAUUCCUCCCCAACUCAAAUAAUCCAAUCCAAAUUCAUUACC